UUCCACUUUUUCGAGUCACCACGGCACCGGAUCUUUAUUCAAUGAGUCACUUUCUAUUAUUUUAUCCUCAACCGAAAGGAUUAACUUUUUUCUAAGAACGCUUCCGUCGGGUCCCCUCCGUCCAAGACACAUUUCCGGCUUCUUGGCUUGCAGCGAGUGCUUCUUGUCUUCAGUUCCAUCAUUUAUUUCUGUGCCGUCCCGUCUUCCGGAUCCGAAACAUCACAACACAUCGGUAAAACCAAACCAAACAACCACAAUGGCUUCCACUGCUCCUGUUGUCCGCCACGCCAGGCGCGAGGACGUCCCCGCCAUCCUCGGCCUCAUCCGCGAACUAGCCGACUACGAACACGCCCUCUCCAGCGUCGAAGCCACCGAGUCCACCCUCGCCGCCACCAUCGCCUUCGCCCCCUCCGACCCCUCCAUCGUCUCCCCCGGGCCCGACGGUCUCCCCAUCACCGAACCCGUCUCGCCCUCCAAGCCCGCCCGCUGUUUGGUGCUGACCACCCCCGAUUCUGGAGUCGUCGUCGGCAUGGCGCUUUACUUCUACAACUACUCCACGUGGCGGGCGCGACCGGGUAUCUUCCUGGAGGAUCUGUAUGUCAAGCAGAGUGAAAGGAAGAAGGGGUAUGGAAAGAGACUGUUGGUGGAGCUGGCGAAGGAGGUGGAGGCUAUGCAAGGUGGUAGGCUGGAGUGGAACGUGUUGAAGUGGAAUGAGCCGAGUAUCAAGUUUUACGAGAGCGAGGCGAUUGGCGCGCAGAUGAUGAGUGAGUGGGUGGGUAUGAGGGUUGAUGGGGAGGGGUUGCCUAAGUUGGCGAAGUUGCUGGAUUAGAUGUUGAGGCUGGGAUGUCUAAAAUGAAAUGAAAAUGAAAGUUAUACCCACGGUUCAGGAAGGGCAGGCUGGUGCCUGGUUACGAGGUUUAUGGUGUGGUGC